AUGUACGUGCCGAUCACGGUCUCGCUGGCCCUGCUUCAGCCUCGCUCGCCAGCCCUCGCCUCGCCGCCGGCAUGGACCGCUUCGCCUCGCAUAGCUCGGCCGGCGGUCAUGCUGGCCGCGCCGCGCGACGACAGCCCCUCCUCGCUCUUCUCGCCAGAGAGCUGGACUGAGAAGGGCUUCGACGGCGUCCAGCGGCUGCCUGCCGCCUGCCGCGCGGCGGAGGCGACGACGGCCGAGGCGGAGCACCUCGCGCUCGCCUUCCUCUCUCAGGACGCCGACUCCGUCGUCGCUCGCACCCUCUCCAAGGCAGGCUCCUCCGCGGCUUCGCUCAAGCGGCAGUUUGAAGACUUCAGCGCUCGGCAGCCCAAGGAGCAAGCCGCGCUCGGCGACGAGUUCCUCUCCGGGUGA